CACCGUCGUCCUUGACGUCGUUGACAAUAUGACCGCCAUCGGCAGCGUCUUCCUUGGUGAUGUGCAGCGUCAUCGCUUGCUGUCGACAUCUACGCCCCCCUCAUCACCGCCUCCGCACCUCACGACCAACGGCGCACUCCACAGCUUCAGUGAUGUUGACCUCGACGACCUCGACGAAGGAAAGGCCCCGACAGCUGCCCCGCCCUCUAUCUCGCCAAUGCUGUCCCUGGAGCUCCGGCUGAGAUGGCUCGAGACACUGCUUUUCGGAGCCAAGCACGACGCGCCGGAGCAGGCCGCAAAGGCGGGCGCAAAGGUCGAGAAAUUGAAGGACGGCGAUACUCUAGCCAGGCGCGCGGAGAGCCUCCAGCGGCGGCUAGACAGUGUUGUCCAAAACAGCGAUGGGUUGAAACGUUUCGUAGACCGAUAUGAGCAGUACGCGCACCUGCUGACGCCCCAGUUCGCGCUCUCCGGGACGCUGUCGAUGAACCCGCCGACAUACGACAACAUGUCCCCCAGUGAGCUCGAGGCGUUCUUAGGCGAGAUGGAGUCGGACAUCCGCUCAGCCGAAAGGGAUUUGCGCGAGAUCAGUGCUCUGGAGGCUAAGGGCGUCACAGGGGCGGGAAAGCUUGGCGACUAUGAGGCGUUGCAGCCGCGACUAGAGGCGCUGCUCAAGGCACACGACGAGGAUUUGCAAACCGCUGCCGACCUGGAGAGGCGCAUUGCGCUGCUUAUGGACCGUUACGCCACGAACGUCGAUACGCUCUCGGAGCUGUUCGUCUCAUGGGAUCAAUCAGUCAGAGACACAGAAGAGGAGGUCCACAAGAUGGAGAAAGACCGAACCGAACAGCGAAAACUAGGCUAUGAGUAGAUCUAUGAUGCUCUCUGUGUGAUACCCCGCCCAGUCCCAUACCCCUUGUCGUCUUGCCAGCAGUGCUGACGCUCCGACGGAAUGAAGAACACUGAACAUUACGACCGCAGGAGCUGCGUGAGAAGCCGCACGAUGCACAUGUCAAAUGUCAAAAACCGAUGGACAGCAACGUGGGAGCCCUGGACGAUCGUGUAUUUGCCUGCGGCGAAGAUGCCAAUUGUCUAGGUGGGGUGCAGCUUCUGUCGAGACCAUGCACGCUGAGCGGACU